AUGCAAGAGGUGCUUGAUGCAAUGAACGACUGGGAACUUAGAAACAAGAUGAAACUUAACGCGGAAAAGACAAAAGACAUGUGGAUCUGCUUUAAAGCUGCAAUUCCGGAACCACCAUCACUUAAGAUUGGCAAUGAUACGAUUGAAAGAGUAAACUCGUUCAAGCUGCUAGGUUUUGGAUUAAUAAUACCCUUAAAUGGAACACGCACAUUGAAGAAAUUACUAAGAAAGCAAAAAAACGCUGAUUUUACAUACGGGAAUGUCGUUGAGAAAAUCUGCCAACCAAAGUGCGUUUAACAUGCUAUAAAACCAAAUUAAGACCGGCCCUGGAAUAUGCAGCCCCAAUAUGGGGUGUGCUGCCACAAUACCUUACAGACGAGUUGGAGAGUAUCCAGACUAGAAGUCUGAAAAUUAUUGGGCUACCUUCUGAUUCUCUUCAAUCUCUAGAGCAACGUAAGGAUAAUCUUGCCAUUCGUGAGUACAAGAAAAUCAUUAAUGAUGAAACGCACCCAUGCAGGAAAUAUAUACCUGACAUAGUGACGAACACGUAUGACCUAAGAACACCAAAAAUUCUUUCCCAAUUUCUCUCGUACACUAAAAGGCAUGAACUAUCGUUUAUUCCUAGAACAAACUCGCUAUUAUAGACAAUAUUUUUAUAACUACUCCUAAAAUUUUUAUCUGUGCAUAUAACUCCUUGACGUUAUAAGUGCUUGGCGUUAUAAAAUUGACCAUUUUAUACCACCAAGCAAUAUCCAAAAUUCAAAUGCUAAAAUGAAGGCAAGUUUGAGCGAAGAUGUUUAAAUUCUUGUUUACAUCAGGUAAGAAGUCCCGUCUUAACCUUAACCAAGAAUUGUUAACUAAAUUUUGUGUAUAACACAGUUCUGAAGAGUUCGAAUAUAAUGCUGAAGUCAGCACUUUUAUUUUUCAAGAUGCUGUAAUUCAGGAGGAAUUAAUUAUAUUGAUUCAAAAAUUUUCGUAAACACUCGUAAUAAUGAUAUAAACAACAUAAAAAACUUCCAGUAUAGAAUUAUUGUUUUGUUACUUACCGUCAAAACGGGAAAGAUCCAUCAUAAUAAAAUAUGUUUUCACACGUCCAUGUUUAUAAACAGUCGCAAGGCUACCAUCGGAAAAUAUCGUGAUGUUCCGGUAUAUUCCGGAAAAAUGUCAUGAUAUUCCGUGAUAUUCCGCCAUAUUCCGUGAUAUGCCGCCAUAUUCCGCGAUAUUCCGGCAUUACGUGUUUUCACAACGCCCACAAAAGUGAUGGGUAUUUCCCAUUUUGACGGUAAGCCUAACACACAAUAACUCUACACUGGACGUUUUAUGUACUAUUUUUAAUUUAAAGCACGCGUAGGAAUGUUUUAUCACAUAUAAAACACGACGCCUAGCGGAGUGUUUUAUAUGUGAUAAAACACGAAUACAAGUGCUUUAAAUGGCUUCAAAAACGACUCAUCUUAUAGGAGUUCAUUGUCGAAGUAAUUUUUAAAAAAACUUUGUCUAAACCGAGAAAAUUAAAGCUAAAGUUUAUGUAAAUUAACAUAUUUUUUAUCACAUAUCAAAAACUACGACACGCUUAUGAUUUUUCUGAAAUGUCGUUUAUAUCAUUAUUACGAGUGUGCACCAAAAAUUGUGAGUCAAUAUGAUUAAUUUCUCCUGAGUGUACAGCGCCUUUAAAAAUAAAAGUGCUGACGUCAGCAUUAUGUUCGAACGCCUUCAAAACCGUGUUAUACACAAAAUUUAGUUAAAAUUGACCAUUUUAUACCACCAAGCAUUUAUCCAAAAAUCAAGUGCUCAAAUAAAAGCAAGUUUGAGCCAUGAUGUUUAAAAUCUUGUUUAUGUACUAAUUAAAACAUGAGCAACCGAUCUUUAUCUUAUACACAAACUCGAACCAAAGGUGAGAGCACGUUUGUAUAUCAGAUAUAGACGCGAUGCGAAUGUUUUAACGUGCUUAAAUAACGACCCAUCUUAUGAGUUCAUUGGCGAAGUAAUUUAAAAAAUAAACAUUGUCGAAGCCGAGAAAAUCAAAGCUGAAGUUUAUGUAAAUCAGGACAAAUCUUUAUCCGAUUUCCAAACAUUGAUUAAACAUUCAUUUCUUUUGAAUUUUCUUCAUGAAUUAUUGAGUUUUUUAAAUCAGGUAAAAAGUCUCGUCUUAACCUUAAGCAACAAUUAUAACACAGUUAUGAAGACGUUCGAAAAUAAUGAUGACGUCAGCACUUUUAUUUUUCAAGACGGUUAACUCAGGAGGAAUGAAUUUAAUCAUAUUGAUUCAAAAUUUUUGGCUGAGUGGUUGUUUUAAUGUUAUGGUUGUUUUAAUCUUGUUUUAAUGUUUUUGUCUCGUUGCAUCUUCUAGGAAUUCCAGUCCUAUCAUGAGAAGCAUGCGAACAGCAAAGAGUCUCCAAAAACUAGAUGUCAUGAAUUACAACAGUUAAAUACAGACAUUGGUUAGUAAAUGUUUAAUUUAUACAAAUAUUUGCCACCCCGAAAUAUCUCGCGUCUGUCAUGUGUAGCAAAGUGAUGUAGUGACUGUGAAAAUAAUAUAGAAACGUUAUUUAUUAAACAUAUGAUAUAUAAAUAUUAUAUUCUUUUAGGUGUAACCGUGUAAAAAGAGAGCUUUAAAUUCAAAAAAUAAUUUCACAUGUGAAUUUAUGCCAUUUAUACAAGGGAGCACGCCAGAACUAUUUGUGCAAAUUUAUACUAACCUUUUAUUUACAUGUAAAUAUUUUCAUCGGGCGCCAUUUUGAAUGUUGAAAACGGUAUAUAUUAUUAGCUUAUCGCAGGCGUGAUAAUUUAUGUUUAUCUUUGACAUUAAUUUACGUUACACGAUGAUACUCCGACAGGCGACCGAGAAAGAUCCGAAAUUUAGAGGGGAGUUAAACGGCCGAACUAUUAUCCACUGAUGCUGGUUGACUGUUGCUAGAAAUUUUUGAUGUUACUAGGAACAAAUAGGAAACAAAAUGAGACCUACUAUUACGGGAACCACUGAGUAUUUUAAUAUAAUAUAAACAACGGUAACUCCCAAAAUUUAAAUUUUUUUAUUAUUUUCGGAUUUACCGUUGUUUUAUAUUUGACCUACUAUAAUUAGUUCAAGCGAGUCACAAUAGAAUAUAUUACUAAAAUUGGGGACAAUGGCGAGAGUUUGUAUAUCAGAUAAACAUCGGAUGCUCAUGUUUUAACGUGCUUAAUUAAAAGACGACCCAUCAUAUGAGUUCAUUGGCGAAGUAAUUAAAAAAAAACACAUUGUCUCAGCCGAGAAAAUCGCAGCUAAAGUUUAUGUAAAUGAGGACAAUUUACAAAUCUUUUAUCCGAUCGAUUUACAAACAUUCAUUAAACAUUCAUUUCUUUCGAAUUUUCUUUUCUACUGUAUUUUGUGUCCAGCAUUUGCAAAUGUUUUUGUUUCUCUGCUGUCGAAAAUUCACUGUUGGCGAGCAACGAUGGAAAUCAAUUCAAGUUUUGAUAGAUUUGACAGUUCUUAUCAACGAGCAUGGCCAGAUAACGAAAUUGGAUAUACGCAUUGUCAUUGGCCAAUACCCCAUCACGUGUUCGGCCGUUUCACUACCCUCUUUAUUUUUUCUCCGCCGUAUUUUAAAUUUCGGAUCUUUCUCGGUCGUCCGUCGGAGUAUCAUCGUCUAACAUAAAUUAAUGUCAAAGAUGAACAUAAAUUAUCGCGCCUGCGAUAAGCUAAUAAUAUAUACCGCUUUCAACAUUCAAAAUGGCGCCCGAUGAAACAUUUACAUGUAAUUAAAAGGUUAGUAUAAAUUUACACAAAUAGCUCUGGCAUGCUCAUAUGGUUUCUACUCACCAUAAUUGACAUGUAUAGUUUAUAAUUUGUAAAUAUUAUAAAUUUCAACUUGAUUAAAUUAAAUUAAUAUUUAUUUCUUCUUAUAUGCGAUUGAAACUGCUGAGAUAUUAAGAUACAUUUUCCGCAUGAGAAAUGAUAUCUUCGAAUUUUUGGGGGGUCACAGGAUACUAUAAACUAUAGUAUUUUAAACAUGCGGUACAGUCCGAUGUGCGCAUGUGCACAAAGGAGCCCUCUUUUUAUUUACAAACAGUUUAUUUAGGUUUUUAUUUCGUUUUAUGUUCUUGCAAAGCUUGAUAGUUGUGCCUUGAUACUUUCUUAUACUCCAGAAUCAUGAAAAUAUAAAUAGCUGUCGCAUUAAAUUCAAUAUUUUGGGUACAGAAACGUAAACAAAGCCUUUGUUUACAUACGGACUGUACCGCAUCUUUAAAGAGAUGAUGGUCCGCAACCAGACAAAUUUCAAUGCCACAAAUUAGAAGCCCAUUGGUGGAUGUUGAAUUGUACACCAGUGUGCUCACAACCUUUUUGUCGACUUUAUUGACGUAAAAUACAAUUAAUCAUGGUUGCUCGUUUCGUCUCACCUAUCUAUUCAUUGAACUUUUUCACGAUAAUCACCGAGACUGGGGUGAAUAAUUGUUUUAGUAUAAUUUCAUAGGUGAUUAUUUGAAAAAAAAAUAAAAAAUACACAUUUAUCCGUCAUUUAAUUUACAAAACGACUUCAGCAGGCAUUUUGAAAAUCCCUUAGGUGAUUAUCGCGUUAUAAUCACCUGAACGGCAACCAAUCAGUGUGGAUAAUUUUCAAUAAUCAUCUAUGUAAUUAUAUUAGAUGCAAAUAUAAUACAAUAUGUUCAAUCAACGUGGUCGUGCACAAAUUAGCAUAAACUCUGAAAAAAGCGUAACAAAGUAUUUGCGUUCACUUAUUUCUACACAAUCCAAACCUGAUAGAUAAUUUGUAAACUUCCUUGAGCCUUACGAAUGUCGAUAUGUUAAAAAAUACAAACAAAUAUUUCAGAAUCAAACACAGAGGAUGUUUCUUACGUCGUAUUAUUGGAAGAUUGGGACAUUUUGCCGAACAAAUUGAAUGUGCUUGACAGAACGUUAGGGGCAGGCAAGUUUGGAAUUGUUAAACAUGGUUUAUAUACCCCUUCUGAAAAUGACUAUCCAAUGGAUGUUGCUGUAAAGAUGUUGAAAGGUACAAUUUUAAAAUUAUAAUUGAUAGUUUCGUUACACGGUAGCUUGCCUGAACAAUCAACAUAUGUUAUUUACCGGCUGCGAAGCCCGUACUUGAAAACAAAAUUACCGAGAUCUCAGAAACGGUCGGAUGCCGAAAACCGAGGGACGUUCCUGAAGACGAGUGAAAUUAUGUUUCAGUAUGGGCCGACCUAAACGUAAACAACGUGUUUUUUGUUCUUUGUGUCGAAGUCAUUAGGUCCAUUCAAGUUCUCAGGAAUAAAGAAAAAGACAGAUAAAACUAUUUAGUAUCAAUUAUGUAAAGUUUUGCAAGGAUAGUUGAUCGCAACUUAAAAGCCUGAUCUUGUAAUACAGAAAGUGAAUAUUCGUGGCUUCUCGACCCUCGAGACCGCUAAUAUAUUAACACCAGCAGCGCUAAUAUACUGUAACUCUCGGUAUCAAAUAAAAUAUCUCUCCAAAAUUUCGUACCCAGAUGGGCGACAAUUUUCACUGCCAGUAGGAGAUGAUGUGUUUUUUAAAAGCCCCAUAAUCGUACUUCCCUAACGUUUAAAACGUGAAAAUUAUUGAUUAAUAAUAAUAGAAUGUGUAAUAAUAAAAAAUGUAGUUUAUCAUAUAGGAUUUUUGUAUUUCUACUACAGAGUGCUCCGUACGCGUUUGGUUUACUAAUAGCCUCCUAUUGUAUUACCUAUGUACUAUUUAAAACACGAGAAGGAGUGUUUUGUCAUAUUUAAACGCGAGGCGCAGCCGAGUGUUUUAGAUAUGAAAAAAGGCGAGUUCGAGUGUUUUAAAUAGCUUAAAAUACGACUACAAAAGAAUUAUACUAAUUAGGAUGAAGAUUUAUAUAAAGAAUAACAAUGAAGAUGAUCAGAUAUAUAAAGUCACUUCACGUGACAUAUUUUGGCUGACAUGAUUAACCACAAGGUUUAAUGGAUUUUUAAAGAAUAUUUUAAAUACAUAUAAACUAUAUGCAAAAAAAAAUUUCACCUGGUUCAGGUAUGAUUUAUCAACAAGCUAAACUUUUUUGCUGAUUUCAAAGAAAAAUACUUUUUCAAAACUCACUUGUGUUUUUUAGAAAACGCCACUGAACAGGAAAGAUUGGAUCUGGUAGAAGAGAUUAAAAUCCUGAAAAAAGUCAACGAAGAGCCACAUCCAAACAUAAUUAGAUUCAUCGGAGCCUGUUCUAUAGAAGGUGAGUCUAUUCAAAAGGGGAUACAAACUGACGAAUAUAGGAAAAAAUAAAAAUGUCCCAGGUAUUUCUUGCGACAAUUAAGUAGUCUAAUUGUAAUAUACUAUUAGAGCUAGGAACAAAUUUGUGUCCGUUAGCAUGGAACUACUUAAUUACACAUUCACAUUUGGUUGGAACCAAUCUGCCCUCUGCCAUACAUGCGUAUGUAUAUCUGAUUACAAGAACAGAAAGUGGCGAUUUACUUUUUUGAUUAAUUAACUGUCCUCUUCUUCUUCAGGAAAGCUACUAGUUGUGACAGAGUUCUGCCCUGGUGGCAACCUCCGAAAAUUCCUAAUUAAAAAUAGAGCAAAUUAUGUCAAUAUAAUAUCGAGGUUAACUAAUCGUCAAUUGUUAACAAUGGCCCUGGACGUUGCUAAUGGAAUGGUUCAUCUUUCUGCUCAAAAGGUACUCGACUGACCAUAUACGCAAUGACAUGCAAUAUGUCAAAAAGUAUAAAACUAGUCUAUACAUUACAAGCAAUGCGUCAAUGCCAACUGUUCAUAAAUAUCUGACACAUCUCUUUAGGUUGUUCAUCGUGAUUUAGCGGCCAGAAAUAUUCUUAUUGGCCAGGAAAAUAUAGCAAAAAUUUGUGACUUUGGAUUGACGAGAGAUAUUAGAAGUGCUGAAGAAUAUGUACGACAUAACCAGGUAAAACGAUUAAUAUUUACAAAUUAAACGGACUAACAAGAGUUUCGCUUCUUCUUACCGUGCAGUUUACAGGCAUUGGUUCUGUGAUACGCUCAACUUGAAAGGAACGCGCGAUAAUGUUGCCAGAUUUGUACACCGUCCUUCGAUUAUAUAUCUAAACUAUUGUUUAUUUCAGCGUGAAUAUCAAGUCCAUUUUAUUAUUUCGUUAAGGUUACAAGUGUGGCCAAGCUUGCCAAUGAAAUGAUAUUUGUACCAGUCAUAACAUGAGCAGUUUAUUUCGUCCUUUCUCGUGCUGUUCAUAUUUCAUUUUACCACGUUAAUUCCCUCAGUUUCCUUGAUUAUACUUUUCAGCUAAAAUGCAUGUCUCUAUAUGCAUGUGUAUAUGCAUUUGUAUAGGUUAUUAUAUGUCCAUAAUCUAUUUAGAAUCUGCUUCCGGUGAAGUGGAUGGCUGUGGAAAGUUUAGUUCGUGGGCGUUUCACGACAGCUAGCGACGUGUAAGUUUUUGCUUAUCCAGUUUGUUGCAAUUUUACAGUCCAGGGCUUUGUAUAAAAACAAAUUUGAUACACCUUGCUCGUGCUCAUGACGUAUGAAUUGAGCAAAUUCAGAAUACUUGCCAUAUUUUGUUUCUGCAGUACUAUUUACAAUAUUUGGUUCUUAAAUCCUGUUCCUUGCUCAUGAUAAAAAAACGAUUUAAAUAUUCUACCUAGCUAAUACCGAACCUUCCUCCGACAGCUAAAACUAAUCCAGACAAAGAUGUUAAUUAAUAUGCAUAAGGCACUUGACAAAUCGGAAUACUGCCAAAAACUGUAUAAAAUAUUCUACUGAGAAACGUGCUAAAUCACAAUCACUAGAGCACUCUCAGCCGAUGCAUUAUACAGUGGCGUAGCCAGCCUCGGUAUUUGCUCCCGCUAUGCAAAUAUUUCUGUGUUCAUCGACUGUAAAAACAAUGAAUUUCUAAAGAAAUGAAUAACGAUAGUGCUUUGAAAUAUGCAUAGCAUGCUGGAGUAUAUUUUCAGGCUGGCUACGCUACUGGAUGCAUACAUAAAUAAAAAUUUACAUGUCUACUUAUUAUGAUUUCCUGCCGAUCUGACCAGAUAUUAUUUUCUGUCACUUCUUACUAACAACGUCUAUAAAAUAUAUAGAGGAUAUUAGAUGAUUGCGAAGAGAGAUGGAUUUUAUGUUCCAGUGGCAAAAACAAUAUCUCACGAGUGAGAUAUUGUUUUCGACACGAGAAUAUAAAUCCAUAUCUUCUCGCAAACGUUUAAUGUUCUGUUUCACUGUUUGUUAGAGACUGGUCAUUAAAUAUGGCAGGUGGAGGAGAAACUAGAAAUUUUGAAAAAAAAUUGCCCCCCCCCCUCAAAAUUAUAUGUCUUUUAAAGGUCCCCCCUUAUGCAUUUUAUACUUUCUAAAGACCCCCGCCCUUGUACCGGCUUGAAAAUAUAGAUGUAUUAAUGGCUGUCCCGAUUAGGACAAAGCUUAGGAGAGCAAGUGAUCAAUGAAGAGUAUUAAAAGAGGUAUAAAAUUUGAUGAAACUAGUUAAAUAAAUGUUUUACAAUCUAUUUAGGUAGGUUACUCUUUGGCCUAUGCUUGUCUCGCCUACAUCCACUUUUAUAUUAUGUUUUUAUGCUUUACUCGUUAUGUUAAUACCCAGUGUUCCAGUUUAAAGGGCAUUUUAUGCAUCUAUUUUGCUGUUCAUAUUAUAUACGAGAAAUAAUCUUUUUGUUGGGAAAAAUCCGAAGACCCUCCUCUUUCACAUAACGUAAUUUUCAAGACCCCUCCAUCUCAAUGAAAAAAUACUUCAGGUUCAAUACUACUUUCUCCCCAAUCCCCCGCCCUUGCCAUAUUUAAUGACAGGUCCUUUAUAUGGACUUACUCAUAGUGACAAAAAGACACACAAAGACGACAUGUAAAUAAGCACGCGAAAGACCAGUAUAAAAGCGAUAUUUUUUAAAAUUAUAGUGCAAACAUAAAUAAACUAGAAUAAAUUUUACUUAUCUCAAGAUGUCUUGUAAAUCCUCGUUGUAAAUGUUUUCGUUUUAUUUCGAACGUUAAUUUCGUUUUAAAUACGAACCAAAGACCAUUUUGUAUUUUCAAAACAACAACAAUGAGAAUGGCGGGAAAUUUUCGAACUCCGUAUAUGUCACUAGCUGGGGUGAAAUAUGGAAAAUACGCGCACCUGGUCCCGGAUGUAGUGACGUAUGAGUUCUACGUGUGUUUUAGUUUCCAGUAAAACACCAUGGUCCCUAUAAUAAAUACAUACACAGCUAUUUCAAUUAAGGUUGUUCCCAAAGGAAAGCGGAAAAGUCGAAUACAAGCGCGAAACUCUGCUGGGAAUCGUUAAUAAAUUCAUUCAUUUAUUACCGAUUCCCAGCAGCCAUUCACGCUCGUAUUCGACUUUUCCGCUUUGCUCGAGGGACAACCGUAAUUGAAAUAGCUGUAUACAUAGCAAUGUCAUAUCACACAUCGCACUACAGGUUGCUUGGAUCCCAGUUUUAGUGUUAUGGGGAAAGUAACGACACAAUAAUUGAGCAUACUGUGACAGCUUUAUAUAUCAGUAAAAAAAGUCUCCAUCAUGUAGGAAAAAUGAAGCAAUUUUAAUACAAUUUUAAUUUAUUCCUGUGGGGGAGUAAAUUUAACUCUUUCGGUGGAAUUGAAAUGGUUAAAAGUAAAACUGCACUUAAGUUGACUUCUGGACUAGAAAAUAAAUUAAUGACAAUUAUUUUUUAUUCCUUUACAUGCAAGAGUACUUUUUAUCUGUUCGGUGGAGUAAAAUUCACACUUGAAGGGGGGUAAAAUUUAUAAAAUGAACCACAGUGGAGCAAUUUUAAAUAUUAAUAAAUGCAGUCGUUUAAAUUAAAUUGAUCGAUCUAUUUAUCUCUAUUUAUUUUACUUUAAAUUUUUCACUGCUCCAAAGAGUUAUUUCAAAUCCUACCAUGUGAAGAGUGAUAUGUAGAAGUUUAAUGUAUAUCAUCCACCCAAGCAGAAAUGAGGACGUUAAAAAUUAGUUAUUAAUUGCGAUUGUUAACUAUUAAAAUCUAAAAAUGAGUUCAGUUCUUACUACAAAUACUUUAUGAAAAUCGAAAAUUUAAAUUUGAUUGGUACUCUAGAACCAAACCGCUAUGUUAGUCCUUCUGACCAGAAUGCCGCAUCAAGAUAUUCUAAUUUUCUAUAUUUUACCUCUCAAACCAUAUUGUGCUAAUUAUUGCUCUGUUGACGCAGGUGGAGCUUUGGCGUUCUUCUUUAUGAAAUUACAACUCUCGGUAGGUAAUGCGCCUGGAAAACUAAUUGUAUUACAGUAUGUGCCAAAGCAAAUGUCAAGGCUUGUCUUUCCUGGGCAUUAGUUCACAUUUUAAGUUUUCUAAAAAAAUAGUUUUUACAAAAGUUUUCAAAAGUUUUAAAAGAGUUUUGAAAAGCAACAAAAGUUUAAAAAAAAGUUAGAUUUUUAAAAAAGUUAAAAAAUUUAAAAAGUUAAAAAAAUUAGGGUUAGGGGUUAGGGGUUAGUGUUUAGUGGUUAGUGGUUAGGGGUUAUGGGUUAGGGGUUGGGGUUGGGGUUAGGGUUAGUGUUAGGUGCCGCGAAUUUAUUAUUAUGAUAAAUUCAAAAUUUGCCGCGCGAAUUUAUUAUAAUGAUAAAUUUGGACGUGUUUAAGAAUUUACUCAUAUAGUAAAUUCAAAGGUGGAGCUCAUGCUGGUAAAUGUCUGAGUCUCACAAAUCUUCAUCACGGAAGCGACGUCGGUCGUUAUCUCGCUCGUUACUAGAUAGUCGUCGACGAAACAAAAAUUCAUAGGCAUACAAGAGCGAUUUGUAGCUUUUGUCAGAACGUGUAACGAAAAUACAAUUAAUCCCAGUGCAAUUAGCAAACACUCAAAAUUCCUCAUUCGGCUGGGGAAAGUACUGGCGGGACGAUCGCCUCGACCAUUUGAGAACUACUUGCAAUAUCGUGCAGGGAUAUGCUACAAUAUCGAUAUGCUUGCAAUAUCGUGCAGAGAUAUGCGCCUACGUAUGGUUGGAUUCAUGGAAACUUCUCAGGGUUUUCGUCUUGACAUAUCUCUUUGUCACUAAAACGGCGGCUUUUCAUGUCAUGAUUUUUUGUGUGUGUUGGUGUUAUGUACUCGGGUGAAUAUGAUGUUUGUGAUGUUGCCCUGAGUGUAUAUCCGCACCGGGCAAUAUUGAAAAAUAUGCCUGGCGACGAUGGGAAUCGAACCUACUACGACCCUUCGAAUACUGGCCCAAUGCUCUGCCGACUCAGCAUUCCAAGUACCUCACAACUCGGUGUCUGGAUGUACCAUCGCUAGAUGGUUAUGUGACGUGAUACAAGAGGCUGGAAUUGAACGACUCUUCAAUUUUUAAAGCACCUUCGAAACGAACAGUGUCGAGUUAUCCAGUUGCAUGCAAAUAACAAUUUUGCUCUUGGUGACAUUUUGAAAGUAAGAGAUUGGCCCUCUCUUCAACUUUCAAUGGUUUUAUUACAAGCAUGCUGUUGACGUUACUGGCACGCAAACUGUUUUGAGCAAUAGUACUAGAUAAAUAUUUUACUAUCGAACUUGCAUUGUUUAUGAUCAUCUUUCUAAACGAUUUUUAAAACUACCUUAAAUACACAAUAAAUGGACCUGGGGGAAUUUUACAUAUCAAAUGAGCUUUCGCGCGUUCUGAUUGGCUAGUUGACUAGUAAAUAUGACGCAAUGUAUUUACCACCAGACUAGUAAAUAAUGCUUUUCUCAAAUUUCACCUAGAAAACAAAAAAAAGCAGAAAUGUUGUAUUUAGCUAUUAAUAUCCUACUGUGUCAACCACAUUCACAGACAAUUUAAAACUUAUUUAAAACUCCGAAACUUAACGUUUACUUCAAACAAAUACAAAAACUAUCCCGACUUUUGGGGAAAGCAAUGAUAUAUUUUUUUAAACAAUGUUGUUUCGUAUCCUAUAGAUAUAUAUCUCAAUUUGUAGGAUACUAUAUCUUUCAAUGUCAUGUCUUCAUUGUGCUGCAUGGUGUCCUGACGUUGUAUUGUGUUUCCGAAACUUGUAAAAUGAAAAGUGUAUUAAAAGUUUAUUUCGAACGAUAUAGUUUUACAUUUCGUUUUACCAGAUUUCUCAGCCAUUUCCUCAACAAAUUAAUGCUAAACAGAAACUAUUUUUUAAUAAAUGUGGUGAAAAAUUUAUUCUGUCAUUGUGGUUAUAUAUUCUAAGCAGAUAUCGAGAAGGACAACUUUGUAAUAAAGCAACAAAGUCACACAGGAAGCCAUUUUGAAAGCGUGCGUGUGUAGAAGAAACACUGCAACACUAAAAUAGUGACCGUGAAGCACCCGAAACCAGUUUUAUUUCUGAAUUUUAAUUGAACUGAUAUUUGGAUAUGUUGCCUUAUUCAUUAAAAAAUUAUACUAAAACAAUUAUUCGCCUCAGGCUCUGCAGUGAUUACGGUGAAUAUUCACCUCGACUUCGUCUCGGUUAAUAUUCACCGGUAAUCACUUCGCCUUCGGCGAGUAAUUGUAAAUUAUUAUGUCGCAGUAUAUGAGUUUAUAUUCUCCAGCGUUGAAAUCUGCCAUUUCUUAUCGCAAAUAUUUCGACCGGAGUUUGGGAAAUAUAAUUUCAAUGACACAGGGCCAAUGAGGCCUGCGUGUGUAAUUAUGAUUAUAUAAGCAAACGAAGGAAGAAAUACAUGGUCUCACCCUUUCGUACCCUUAAUACAGGGUACACGAUCCCUCCCAAUUGUUUGUGUACACUAGGAGGCCUUAAUUAAACGUCGAAACAAAGCUCUGAAGUGGCCCCAUAUGAUUCCCAAAGGUUUGUUUACAAGUUUUAUGUGAUGACCUAUUUUAUGCAUUCUGAUUGGCUUUGAGCAAACGUGUAAAAAAAAAGAUCGGUCGGGGACGAAAUUCCGCCAUAUUCAUUGAGACGUUGAGUUGGACAAUGAAUGAACUUACGUAAAUAACGUCAACGAAAUUCAAAGUUGUUAUUGUACACUAACGUAUUAUCCGACAUGAGCUCCACCAUUGAAUUUACUAUACCGUUGUUUACAACCACCCAUUAACGGUCCCAUAUAAAAACAUGGCCUAUACGCGUGUUUCUGCUGGGGUCUACAACGUAGGCUAAUUCGCGUGAGAAUCUUAAGUUUCCUUAUUUUGACAUAAUAGCUAUUUUUUAAUAAAUAUAUUGAUAUUUUAAACUUUUUAAAUCAAUAUUUUAAGUUUCACGCCAGUUGUACCAAAGGUUUAUGUAAGCGCUAUAGCGCAUCAUAAGUUUUCAAAUGGCAUGCAACAUGUACGCACUGCGUACCUAUUUUUGAAACAAAUAGUCCCCCAAAAAGUUUUAGAAAGCAAAAAAAGUUUAAAAAGUUAGAUUUUUUAAAAAGUUAAAAAAAUUUAAAAAGUUCAAAAAGUUAGAGUUAUGGGUUAGUGGUUAGUGGUUAGGGUUGGGGUUAGGGUUGUGUUAGCUGGGUGCCGCGAAUUUAUUAUUAUGAUAAAUUCAAAAUGUGCCGCGACUUUAUCAUAAUGAUAAAUUCGGACGUGUUUAAGAAUUUACUCAUAUAGUAAAUUCAAAAGGUGGAGCUCAUGCUGGUAUUAUCGCACGAACGAGCUGAAAUGCCUUUCUAAAUGGCUUCAAACAAGUGUGCAUUCUUCGUAAGAACCUGUCCCUCGGCAUACCCACUUUUAACCACUUGGCCAAUUAAGUCUUUAGAUCAAACUUGUUCCUCAAAAUUUCGCGUUGCGAAUUUUCAGCUAGAAGUUAUCAACAAUAAAUCAUGCUCCAGUUUUCUGCCUCAAGUGAUGGGUCAGUCCACGCUAAAAUGUCUGCUAAAAGACGCUGUUGCCUACAAUUUACUCGUGUUAGAAAUUGCUCAAAAAAUUAUUGCGAAAUGCCUUAUUUAUGGCCCUUUUAGGUUUCUUAAGGCUAGUUUCCACUCAGUAAAAUUAUCCGUGGAUUGGAACGGACAAGAAAAUUUUUCUUGGUGUUGAAAGUCAUUAGUUCCAACCCAGAGCUCACAAGACAAAGAAAAAUUCUUGUCCGUUCCAAUCCACGGAUAAUGUUCCUGAGUUGAAGCUAGCCUUAAUUUGACAUCCUCUGUCAGAUCACUGGCGUGUCGUACAUAUUUCAAUAACGUUACCUUUAAUUCAACUGCUAAAUUUUCAGGUGAGGAACCAUACAAGAACAUAUCACCAUAUGACAUUAUUAAUCACGUAGGAUGUGGAUGCCGAAUGUCAAAACCAUCUCACUGCUCCGACGAAGUGUAAGUAAAAUUACUAAAUUAAAUUGACCGUUGUGCAAUUGUCACUUUAAUGUAUCACAGUUUUCCGCAAAAACGGAAGUAAUCACUACGGCAUGAUGAUGAUGUUGAUGAUGAUGAUGAUGAAUCUUUAUUAAUUUGUAAAGUGGCUUAAAAGCUAAUUGCUAACAAACUUGAGGCCUAGGAACUAAUUAAAACUGCAGUGAUGGCAAAAAUUAAAAAAACUAAAUCUAAUAGAUAUACUAAAAAAGUAUAAAAUUACAACAGUCAUGUAAAAUCAGUCUAAGCGGUAAAGUAAUUGGAAAGUUGUUGUUGUUCAAACAUGUUGUUCCACAUUGGUUAUUCUGAAAGUCCUUACUGCAUGAAACAUUUCUUCUUAGAAGGAAUGGAAGCUUUGUUCAUUUUAUUAAAAUUAGAAGAGCCAGAUAUUCAAGGACAACGUAUUUUUAACAUACUGACGCGGGAUGGAGUGGAAAAUGUCGUAUUAGUUCAUGCAGACAAUCAAUCUAAAAGAGAAAAAAAUGGCCGUGGGAUAGAGUAUGGAAUGAUUUAUUAGCUCAUGCGAAUAAUCAAUCUGGAAGGAAAAAAAAUAGUUCUCUAUGUUUUGACCAAUGACGAAAUUUAGGAGGUGGAAAAUACGAAGUGCGCCUUUCCUAUUGAAAUUCUCCAUUCAAUUCAAUUUAAUAUUUACAUGAACUUGCUAUAGUUAACGUAUAUUACCUAAUGUGUAAUUUGCAAGACAAUUAAUUUCAAUUGUUUUCUUUUCUCCGAAAAUAACAUGUAUUGUUUCCUUUUAGGUAUGAAAUAAUGAGAAAGUGUUGGAAAGUGAAUCCAGACGACCGACCUACUUUCACAGAAAUAUCACAGCACCUUCGCGACAUGUUAGCUGACAAUGAG